AUGGACGACGAUGAAUGGGAGAUAGCGAAACAGCUGUGUGAUGUCCUUAAGCUCUUCAACGACGCAACCUUGUACUUCUUGCACGACACACCUAGCUUACCCAUGAUCAUUCCGGCCAUGGAUAUCAUCGACGAGAAGCUGAUGAAUGACUCUCUCGACUCCGACUAUGAGCCCUGUAUCCGUGCUGCCCUCGGGAUGGUGAAGAAGAUGCUGAAUCGCUACUACAACAAGACUGAUCUUUCCAACGUGUACCACAUCGCAAUGGUGCUACACCCCUCCCACAAACUGCAGUACUUCCGGAAUGCCAGUUGGCAGGCGGAAUGGAUCACGACAGCGAGGGCACUGGUCCGCGAAGAGUAUGACCGUGCUUAUGCGCAAUGUGCGGUGAAUGUCAAGCCUACUCAGAUGAAGCAAUCGGAACACACACCAUCUAGCAACAUGUUCGACAACCUCCUGAACACGAAUGUCUCCAAGGGCGAAGACAAUCGUGAUGAGCUCAAAUGCUAUCUCGAUGCUGACACGGAGUGUGUCGACGGUGACGCACUUGGCUGGUGGUACGCGCGGCACAAGGAGUUCCCUCAUCUAUCGCGGAUGGCCAUGAGUUAUCUUACCAUUCCCGCCACAUCUGUUGACGUUGAGCGCAUCUUCAGCAAGGGGCGCAUAUUGUUACCACAUCUGCAAAAUGGUCUCUCCGCAGAGUCUAUCCGUGCUCUUCUGUGUCUUGCGGAGUGGAGCCGACUGGGGUUUGUACAUGAUACUGAUGUCUUGGCUGUUGUCUCUCUCCCUGAUGUCUUGGCUGUUGUCUCUCUCCCUGAUGUCUUGGCUGUUGUCUCUCUCCCUGAUGUCUUGGCUGUUGUCUCUCUCCCUGAUGUCUUGGCUGUUGUCUCUCUCCCUGAUGUCUUGGCUGUUGUCUCUCUCCCUGAUGUCUUGGCUGUUGUCUCUCUCCCUGAUGUCUUGGCUGUUGUCUCUCUCCCUGAUGUCUUGGCUGUUGUCUCUCUCCCUGAUGUCUUGGCUGUUGUCUCUCUCCCUGAUGUCUUGGCUGUUGUCUCUCUCCCUGAUGUCUUGGCUGUUGUCUCUCUCCCUGAUGUCUUGGCUGUUGUCUCUCUCCCUGAUGUCUUGGCUGUUGUCUCUCUCCCUGAUGUCUUGGCUGUUGUCUCUCUCCCUGAGGCUCAAGAGGAUAAUGAUGGCCUUGAGGAUGGGUGGGAUAACAUUCUUUGGGAUUAG